GGGCGGACUGUCUCCCCCUAUAGAUUGAACUGCUUCGGCUGGCCCCCCGGCCUACUUGUUAUAUAAGACGGAUAAUCAGAGAAAUUCAAGUCAUAAGGUAAAAUCAAUCGAAACCAUGAAGAUCGUCCUCACUUCCCUCUUGUGCUUUUCUUUGUCUCAGGUCAUCUCCGCGGCCAACAUUGUGGAGAUUGCCCAAGGAGAUGAGAGCCUCAGUACUCUGGUGGAACUCGUUCAAGCUGCUGGCCUCGUCGAGACCCUCUCAGGUGAGGGAACCUUCACAGUCUUCGCCCCUACCAAUGAAGCCUUCGAGAUGGUGCCUGCCGAGGCUUUGGAAGAGCUCAAGAGCGACCCUGAGAAGCUCAAGAUGAUCUUGCUGUACCACGUCCUUCCCAAGAAGGUGGUGGCCUCUGACCUCGAGAACGACCUCACCUUGGUCACCCAAGAGGGCACCAACUUGAGGGUGAACGUGUAUCUGAAGAGCGACUUCUACCCCGGAUUUGUCACCGUCAAUGGCGUUCGUCUGAGCAAGGCCAAUAUUGAGGCCGACAAUGGCGUCAUCCACGUGAUCUCCAAGCCUUUGCUGGAAAUUCCCUCCGGCAACAUCAUCGAUGUGCUGACCAACCACCCCGAUGGUAUCUUCUCCACUUUGUUGACGGCCUUGGAGAAGGCUGAGCUCACCGAGACUCUCUCCGGUGAGGACGCCUUCACCAUCUUUGCUCCCACGAAUGAGGCGUUCGAGAAGGUACCCGAAGAGAUGCUCACCGCUUUGCUCGAGGAUGUCGAGCAACUCAAGCAAGUCCUCCUGGGACAUGUCAUCCCCGGCACUCUCUUCCAAAAGGGAAUCUCCUGGAUGGUCCACCAAACCGCUCCCGGCACCAAGGAAACCGAGAUCCAAACCCAAGUGUUCAAGGGCGGCGUGGUCAAGGUGUCCAGCAUUGAAUCCUCGGCUCGCAUUGAAGACUACGACAUGAUUGCCAGCAAUGGUGUGAUCCACGCCAUCGACACUCCUCUGCACAUCGAUCUGUCAGCUCAAGAAUAAAUCUAACUUUACUGUACCUGAGAGCUUUAAAUCCAGCAAUAUCCUCAAUCUUCAUAGCAUACAGAAAUACACCAAUCUUAACCAGAA